UUGAACAAAGAGAAAAACUUAGUGCUACUAAGUGAAAGAAAAAUACUUUUUGUGAACUACUUUGUCUUGUUGCCACUAAAGCUUAUACCACGACCAAAUUGAUAAUCUGAGCUAGCAUGAAUUGUUGAAUAAGUUCUCUAAGUCUGAGCGCACUACGUUUGCAUAUAAAGAAAAAACAAUCAGUUCAAUAUUCAAAUCGAUCAAAAUGCUGGGUGCUUUGAUUUCAUUCAAAUAGCCAAAUCUCAAGAUGUAAAACAUGACCCCUCUCAAACCCAUUACAGUUGAAAUAUUUGAUUACAACUAAUAUUACACAUUUUGAAAUUAUAAAUACUUCAAAUUUCCGAGACAAAAUAUACUUCGAAGUUAUGUCGAGUUGCCAAAUGUACGAAUGGCUCGCCACGCACAAAGAGAAGAUUUUUUUCUCGCUUCUCUACUGGAGUUCUAUCGGAACCUGGCAGUAUACAGACUCCUUAACGAUUGAGCUACCAUUUAUGGUUCCUUAUCUACCCGAAGGCUGGGAUCUGGGUGUAUUUUUUGGACUCAUGAGCGGUCUUUCCGAUAUUUCUCUUCUCCUUGUACCUUUAUGUCUCAAAGUCGGGGUUAAACGCACACUCACUUUAUGUUAUUUUCUUGGUCUUAUUUUCAGCAUUGCACUCAUUUUCUUGUGGGACGAGACUAUGGCCGACAGAUGGGGACACCUCGGACACGACUUCAGCUUUGGCUUCAUUUCGACUAGUUUCGUUCUUCUCGCUUUAGACGGCGUGAGGGGAACUCUUAUUUUCUCCUGGAUUGAGCGCGACUUUCCCGCCAGUUUCGUCACUGCUAUUCUUGUCGGGGAGGUUUCAGGAGGAUUUAUAGCCACUCUUAUGUCUUACAUACAAGGCGCCAGAAUCAAUUUCAACAAUACAAACUCUUUCAAAACGAGACAGGAAACCAUAGGAACAACAACCAAUGAUAACGAAGUCUCCUCGGAAUCAUCACUGUCAACCGAUUUUCUUUUCGGACCAACAGCUGCAAUGAGUUUCUUAUCCGCUCUUUAUAUUAGUUCUACAAUUGCAUUUACCGUUUUUCUGAUUUUGAGCAAAACUAAGUUCAAAAUGGGGAGCGAUGACACAACAGCAAAGGAAAAGGAACGACUUUUCAACGAUUCAAGAGUCGGAUCUGCUAAUCUAUCUCUAAACACCAGUCAAAACGACGAAGCACAUGUUACAAGUUCCGAAUGGUUGUUCCAAACAGUUCAGAGCAAGAAAUCACACAAGUACUUCAUGUGGAUCGUGUUAGUAAUAGCAGGCGGAAAUGUGUUCACUUUUUCUCCCUCUUUUUUCACGUACACGACACUCCCUUACAGUCAAAGAUGCUACACACUCUCAGUGUCUCUUUGGGGAUUCUGUCUUCCGGCUAUGGGCAUUGUGAGCCACUUCAAGCCCAUACAAAAUUUCAUCACAUUUGUCAUGAUUCUUAUUCUACAUCUCGUUAUUUGUACUUUUUUACUCCUCGUCGCUUUGAGGAGUCCAGCUCCUCCUUUUGUGGAUCACUCCUCUGCUGAGGCGGUCAUAAUUUUGCUGUGGAUGGGAGAAGCGAUCACUGGCUACUUUCUUGUGUCCUCGGCCAUGCACUGUUUGCGACGAAUGCAAAUGGAAAAUGCUUUCAUCAUGGGCGUCAUUUCACACAACUUUGGAGAAUUCCUCGUCGGUAUCAUUUCCUUCUGUUUGUUACGCUUUACGGCCUUGUUUACAAAAGAUUCUAGCCAAUAAACUAUAGUCGGUGGUGCUAUUUAUGUAUAUAUUACACGCUCUUUAUAAAUGUAAACGCUCUUUAUAUUUGUUUUAACAUCAUUUUUGGGAUUGAGAUAGCUCUAAUUAACAGGAACAAAAAAUAUGCUUCGUUUUCUGAAAUGAAAUCAGAAGUUGAUAAUUAGGUGUGCUACUAUGUGUCUUAACAACAAACACCGGUCGUUUCGCGAGUAGCAAACAUAGCACAUUCUG